CUUACCCUCACCGUUCUCUCUUCUCCCACCACCUCUCCCAUUUCUUGCUAGAUUACCCCCUCUUAGAUCACAUCCCUUCUACUGCACAAUGGCUUCCAACGGUCACGUCGCUGCCUCUGCUCUGGCCCCAGGUCACUUCCUCUUCACUUCUGAAUCCGUCGGUGAGGGUCACCCAGAUAAGAUCGCUGAUCAGGUCUCCGAUGCCAUCCUCGAUGCUUGCCUUGCCGGGGAUCCCUUCUCCAAGGUUGCUUGUGAGACUGCCACCAAGACCGGCAUGAUCAUGGUCUUCGGUGAGAUCACCACCAAGACCCAAUUGGACUACCAGCAGAUCAUCCGUGACACGAUCCGCAAGAUCGGUUACGACCACUCUGAGAAGGGCUUUGACUACAAGACCUGCAACAUCCUGGUCGCUAUCGAGCAGCAGUCUCCGGAUAUUGCUCAGGGUCUUGACCACGGUUCUCUGGAGAACAUUGGCGCUGGUGAUCAGGGUAUCAUGUUUGGCUAUGCCACCGACGAGACUCCGGAAUACAUGCCCCUUACUAUCAUGCUCGCCCACAAGCUGAACCACGCUAUGUCCGUUGCUCGCCGUGACGGAUCCCUGCCUUGGCUCCGCCCCGACUCGAAGACUCAGGUCACGAUUGAAUACAAGAAGGAUGGUGGUGCUACCAUUCCUCUCCGUGUCGACACUAUCGUUAUCUCCACUCAGCAUGCUGAGGAAAUUUCAACGGAGGACCUGCGCAAGGAGAUCCUCGAGAAGAUCGUCAAGGCUACUAUCCCCGCUAAGCUGCUUGAUGAGCGCACCGUUUACCACAUCCAACCGUCAGGCCGUUUCGUUAUUGGUGGUCCUCAGGGUGAUGCCGGUCUCACUGGUCGUAAGAUCAUUGUCGACUCCUAUGGUGGCUGGGGUGCCCACGGUGGUGGAGCCUUCUCCGGCAAGGACUGGUCCAAGGUCGACCGUUCUGCUGCCUACACCGCCCGGUGGAUUGCCAAGUCCCUCGUUGCUGCCGGCCUUGCUCGCCGUGCCCUCGUUCAACUUUCAUACGCCAUCGGUGUCGCAGAGCCCCUUUCCGUCUUCGUUGACUCCUACGGCACCGGCAAGGUCUCCGAUGAGGAGCUCACCCAGGUUAUCCGCAAGAACUGGGAUCUCCGUCCGGGUGUCAUCGUCAAGGACCUUGGCCUCCAGAAGCCCCAAUACCUCGCCACUGCCUCUUACGGCCAUUUCGGCAACCCCGCAUACAGCUGGGAAAAGCCUAAGCAGCUCAGGCUUUGAGCGCUUUUACGACUUUUUUUCAUUCCGGGCUACCGUGCCCAGUGGUACGGCCCCUGAACGAGCUCAUCCUCGUUCCCUUUUCUAUCUUCUGCGUAUAAUCUAGUACGAUCCCGCUGGGUUACCGGACUCAUACGGUCCAACUUGGUCCCAACUUGCAACUCAUGUCGCCCUGCGACGCCUUUCGCUCCUUACCGCUCUCACAUAGAAGAACGAAUUGUCCAACCAACAACCAAUCCGUCUCGUCCAUCCUCAUCUUGGCUUACCUCUCUGCUCCGCCGUCACCACAUGCGGCGUGUUGUCGUUGAUAUCUGGUCCCUCCCUCAUGUGGUACAUGUCUCCCUCUCUUUGGCAGCAGGUGUCUGUGUUUCCUUUUGUGUCUCUCGAGGUUACAGGAAGUCGCACCUCAUGUGGUUGAUCAUCAUGUGUACUAUUUACCCCAUCAAUUCAA